GGUGGAGCUUCUGCCUGCGGAGGGUGGGCGCUCGGUGCCGUUGGGGUGUGGGUUUCCUAGACGGAUUCCCGCGGUGCAGUUUGUUACAUGGAAGUGUAGGCACCGAGGAAGUUUACUCGUUCCGUUUGCCAAAAUAUCUUCCCUUUGGUUAUAUAAGCGCAGGUUUCGAGUAGUGUCUCUGCCAUGCCGAACUCGAGGCCCAGGCCCCGCCACGGCCCCCGGAGUGGCGCCGGUGCAGCCGGGCGAGACGAGCUGGUGUCUCGGUCCUUGCAAAGCGCAGAGCACUGCCUGAGUGCCCGGGACUUCGGCACCGCCUAUGCCCACUACCUUCUUGUGCUCAGCCUGGCGCCGGAGCUGAAAGACGAUGUGAAGGAGACUUUUCAGUAUACGCUCUUCAGAUGGGCUGAAGAACUUGAUGCUCUUAGUCGAACACAGGACUUACUUGGUUGCUAUGAGCAAGCCAUGGAACUAUUUCCUGAUGACGAAGUGAUCUGCAACAGCAUGGGGGAGCAUCUCUUCAGAAUGGGCUUUAGAGAUGAAGCAGCCGGCUAUUUUCGUAAAGCAGUGAAACUAAACCCUGAUUUCAGUGAUGCAAAGGAGAAUUUUUACCGUGUUGCAAACUGGUUGGUGGAACGCUGGCACUUUAUCAUGCUUAAUGACACCAAAAGGAAUACGAUUUAUAAUGCAGCAAUCCAAAAGGCGGUUUGUUUGGGGUCCAAAAGUGUUUUGGACAUUGGAGCAGGAACUGGAAUACUAAGCAUGUUUGCUAAAAAAGCUGGAGCACACUCGGUGUAUGCCUGUGAGUUAUCCAAGACCAUGUUUGAGCUUGCCUGUGAUGUAGUGGCAGCAAACAAGAUGGAAGCAGGGAUCCAGCUCUUACAUAUGAAGUCGCUUGACAUAGAAAUUCCAAAACACAUUCCUGAAAGAGUGUCCCUAGUUGUAACAGAAACUGUCGAUGCAGGUUUAUUUGGAGAAGGAAUUGUGGAGAGUUUAAUUCAUGCAUGGGAGCAUUUACUCUUACAGCCAAAGACCAAAGGUGAAAAUGGUAAUUGUGAAAAAUAUGGGAAAGUUAUACCAGCAAGUGCUGUUAUAUUUGGGAUGGCAGUAGAAUGUGCAGAAAUAAGAAGGCAUCAUAGGGUGGGUAUUAAGGAUGUUGCUGGGAUCUGUUUGCCAACCAAUGUGAAAUUUCAGAGUCCAGCUUAUUCUUCUGUUGAUGCCGAAGAAACAGUUGAACCUUAUACAACUGAAAAGAUGAGUCGAGUUCCUGGGGGAUAUUUAGCUUUGACAGAGUGCUUUGAAAUUAUGACAGUAGAUUUCAACAAUCUUCAGGAAUUGAAGAGUCUCGCAACUAAAAAACCUGAUAAAAUUGGUAUUCCUGUUACUAAAGAAGGCGUGCUAGAUGCCAUCGUGGUUUGGUUUGAACUCCAGCUUGAUGAUGAACACAGUUUGUCCACAAGUCCUAGUGAAGAAACAUGUUGGGAACAGGCUGUCUACCCUGUACAUGACCUUGCAGACUACUGGAUAAAGCCUGAGGACCAGGUGAUGAUGGAAGUGUCCUGUCAGGAUUGUUACUUAAGAAUCCAGAGCAUCAGUGUCUUCAGUUCAGAUCAUGAAAUGGAUGUUGGGACAAGUUUUACCAAGAGUAAAGAUUUGCUGUCUUUAGGAAAUGAGGCUGAACUCUGCAGUGCCCUGGCGAACCUUCAGACCAGUACACCGGACUCUGCGGAGCAGAUAUGUGUAUUGGAAUCCACAGAAAUUGCUUUGCUUAAUAAUGUCCCAUACCACGAAGGCUUUAAAAUGGCAAUGAGGAAAGUGUUGUCUUCACUGACUCCGGAGAAACUGGGUCAGGCCAUGGAUACACAGUGUCAGAAUAAUGAGAUAAACUGUGGUAGUGGACAGAAUGACUCUGAACCUUUCUAUGUGUUGGAUGUGUCCGAGGGCUUCUCUGUUCUGCCAAUAAUUGCUGGCGCCCUCGGGCAGGUUAAGCCUUACAGUUCUGUGGAGAAGGACCAGCAUCGUAUCACUCUGGACCUCAUAUCUGAAGCCAAUCACUUUCCUAAAGAAACUCUUGAAUUUUGGUUGAGACACGUGGAAGAUGAAUCUGCUGUGUUGCAAAGGCCAAAGUCAGAUAAGUUGUGGAGUAUAAUUAUACUGGAUGUCAUUGAACCAUCUGGGCUCAUUCAGCAGGAAAUAAUGGAAAAAGCUGCAAUAUCCAGAUGUUUGCUACAGUCCGGAGGGAAGAUCUUUCCUCAGUACGUGCUGAUGUUUGGGUUGCUCGUGGAAUCACAGACACUGGUGGAAGAAAGCGCUGUGCAAGGAGCAGAACGAACUCUUGGAUUCAAUAUAGCGCCUUUUAUUAACCAGUUUCAGGUACCCAUACGUGUAUUUUUGGACCUCUCUUCAUUGCCCUGUAUACCUUUAAGCCAACCUGUGGAACUCUUAAGACUAGACUUAAUGACACCGUAUUUGAACACCUCUAACAGAGAAGUAAAGGUCCGCAUUUGUAAAUCUGGACAAGUGACUGCCAUCCCAUUUUGGUAUCAUAUGUACCUUGAUGAUGAGAUUAUGUUGGACACCUCGAGUGAAGCCUCCCACUGGAAACAAGCUGCAGUCGUUUUAGAUCAUCCCUUCCGGGUGGAAAUGGGGGAUGAACUUGUACUCCACGUCCAGCACCACAAAAGCAAUGUCAGCAUCACGGUAAAGCAGUGAAGAGCAGUUUUCCUGUGCAAAAUGUGGAAGUAGAGCAGCAAGUACACAAUUCUUCUAGUUAGUGGGACUGUAACCGUAGUGGAGGUAUAAAAGAUUUAUUCCUUGUAAUGGUCAAAUACUUUUUUAAAAAUUGACAUUAAUAAAGUGUAUUUAAGAGAUCCUAAA